GAGCAGGCCGGUGCUAACUGUUUCGCCCUCAUGCUCUCUACAGCGCGCACCGUUGCAGCCAGCAACUCGAGCCGUUUGAAUUCACCCGUCGCCUGGGCCCGGAAGUCCGAUUACUACGAUGUGGAGGCUGGCAGCAGUUCGGGUGAAAGCGAGCGCACCCCGCUUCUGUUCGGUUCCAGCGUGCAGGGACGCAGGUUGCACCGUCCAACCCCGAAGCAACUAGUCGAUCCGCACAAGAUACAUCCGGUGGCAUUGAUGUUGAUGCUGGCGCUGUUGGGGUUCCUGCUGCUCGGAGUGGCGAUCGGUGUCUAUUUGUUGGUGCUGCAAAUCGAACGUCCUUGGCCCGUUUCGCAUCCGUUCUUCCUGGUCGAAAGGCCCGCCUGGUGGCAGUAUCCGGAAGCUCUACAGUCCACCACCCUCGAUCGGGUAGGGGUGACGGAUGUGAUCGUGCUGCACACGCGCACAGAAUCCUGCGCUAACCAGACGGAUUGCCUACGCUUUCUCCAGCAAGCCGAGGCCACCAGCUGGGCGGAACGGAAGGAUCACAUCCCGUAUAACUUUCUCAUCGGUGGUGAUGGCGUGACGUACGAAGGUCGUGGAUGGAAGACACAGCACGGUUUCGAAGAGCUUCCCGGACGAAACCAUAGCCUCGUGGUGGCCAUGAUUGGAAACUUUACCGAUCGUCAACCGACGGCAGCACAGUACGCCGAACUGAAGGCGUUCCUGACGGAAUCGAUUCGUCGGUUCUAUCUUUCGGCCCAGUAUCGGUUGCAGGGAGCCGUUAACGAAACACUCAACACGAACGACGGAUCGGCGCUGUAUGGUCAAUUGCAGCGAUGGCCCCACUGGAGGGGACUUCUAAGAGUGUAGAGCACAGUCACAAAACCAUCAUGAAAGACUACUAGAAU